AUGUUUCGUUCAACAUGGAAUUUAUUCACUGAUCGUUUUCAUAGUCCUUAUAUUCCUGAACCAACAUCAACAUUAUCGGAUAGUGGUGGUACUGUCGGUGGUGGUGGUGGUGGUGGUGGCAUUCUUACCACUACUGCAGCCGCUAUCAAUAAUGGUGAUGGUGGUGAUCUUAUUGAAAAAGAUACAGCAACAUCAUCAUUAUUACCGGAAAAUACAACACAACUUAAAUGGGAAAAAUUGUCACCAAGUGAAUUUGAAACCCUACAGGAAUAUAUUCAAUAUUCGAAUAAAAAAGUUACAGAUAUUUUGGAAUGUGAAUUCAAAUCCGAUAUUGGUGCACUUAGUCGUUAUCAUCCUGAAGGAGAUAUCGAUUUGGAAGGCUUUAAAACAUUCAUGAGCAUUUAUUUGGAAAAUGAACUUUCAUUGGAUCUAAUACAGCGGUUAUUUUUAUCGUUUGUAAAAAAACCUGAACAUAAUAAUGAUCAUCAUCAUGAUGAUCGUCAUCAUCAUCAAACAUCAUCAUGGGCAACAACUUCCAUAGAACAACAACAACGUCAAACAAACGAAACAACAACAACAUCACAUCAUCAUCAUCAUUCUUUGAUUAGUGGUGGAAUUUUUUCACAAUCAAAUAGUGCCAUUUCCGGUGCCAUACAUUCAAUUCAGGCAAAAUUUAAUUUUACUAGUUUAGGUGGUAUCGGUGGAAGCAGCAGCAGCGGUGGUGGUGGUGGUGGUGGUGGCUGCGGAAACAUAUCAACAUCAAUAUCGGGACAAAAUCAAAAAAUUAAUUUAAAUACAACGCCUUCGAAUUCGGAUCCCGAAGAAUCCAGAUUACAAUCAUCAGCUAUUUCGACAGCAACACCAAUAACAAUUUCACCGAAUCAAACGAUGAAAAAACAGCAACAACAACAACAUUAUCAACGACAACAACAACAGCAACAACAGCAACAGCAGCAACAACAACAAAAACAAUCACAAAAAAAUAAAACAAGUGGAUCAUUACCUGAAUUAACUCGUGAUUCGAUUGUAUUUCAUGUGAAUAAUAAUAACACUAGUAAUAAUAAUAAUUCAACAACAAAUCGAAAUUCAUUAUCAACAACAACAAAAUAUUGUUCAGGAAUAUUGGCCGAAAAAUUAUAUUCAAUUACAGAACGAUUACAUAAUUUAUCACAUCCAUCAACCAAUGUGAAUCGGAAUAAUAUUAUCGAUUUCCAACAACAGCAACAACAACAACAACAACAACAUCAACAUUUAGAUAUUAUUGGACAAUCAAUACGAUCUCGUGCUGGUAGUGCAUCCGUCCAUCCAGUUACAUUUACUCAUCAUCAUCAACAACAACAACAGAAUCAUCAUCAUUUACGGGAACAAAAAUCAUUUGAAUCAUCACCAAAUCAUAGUCAAAUAUCAAGAAAUUCAUCAAAAAAAUCUAAUAAUUCAUUACUUGUUAAUAUUGCACAAAUUUCAAAACCAAUUUCAAGGAAAACAAGUUCACAUAUCGAUGUCCAUUCAUUAUGGGUACCACUUAAAGAUGUUGUUUGUUAUCUAUCAUUGCUUGAAGCUGGAAGACCAGAAGAUAAAUUGGAAUUCAUUUUUCGUCUUUAUGAUACGGAUGGAAAUGGAUAUCUUGAUAGUAAUGAAAUGGAUUGUAUCGUUGACCAGAUGAUGACAGUGGCCGAAUAUCUUGGCUGGGAUGUUUCAGAAUUAAAGCCCAUUCUUCAAGAAAUGAUGAUCGAAAUUGAUUACGAUGCUGAUGGAACAGUUUCAUUGGAAGAAUGGAAACGUGGUGGACUGACAACCAUUCCGCUUUUAGUUCUUUUGGGACUUGAUUCGCAAAAUGUCAAAGAUGAUGGCAAUCACGUAUGGCGAUUGAAACAUUUCAAUAGGCCUGCCUAUUGUAAUCUUUGUCUCAAUAUGUUGGUUGGCCUUGGUAAAAAAGGUCUAUGCUGUGUUUUUUGCAAAUAUACCGUUCAUGAACGAUGUGUACAACGAGCGCCUGCAUCCUGUAUUAGUACCUAUUCAAAAUCAAAGAAAACAUCUCAGGUAUUUUUACAUCAUUGGACCGAAGGCAAUUGUACGGGAAAAUGUAAUAAAUGUAGAAAACCAGUAAAAUCAUAUAAUGGUAUAACCGGUCUACACUGCCGUUGGUGUCAAAUGACGCUACAUAAUCAUUGUGCUUCCCAAUUACCACCAGAAUGUAAUCUUGGUGUACAUCGUGAUCAUAUAUUGGCACCAGUUUCAAUUGUGCCUAUUGUUUUGGAACGACAACGUAGUGUUAAUAGUGAACGUGGUGGUGGUGGUAGUGAACGAAAUAAACAUCGUACACCAAUAUCUGAAACACAUAGUGUACCAAUCGAAAUGACAAUUUUACCAUUGUUAGCAUCGGAUAAUAAUGCACGUAAUAAACAACAACAGGAGAAUAUGAGUCCCAUUUCAUUUCAAAUCACGCCUUUAUUGGGCCAACAUCCAUUAAUUGUAUUGAUUAAUCCGAAAAGUGGUGGUAGACAAGGAACACGAAUAUUACGUAAAUUCCAAUAUUUAUUGAAUCCACGACAAGUUUAUAAUAUUGCAAUCAAAGGACCAUAUCAAGCAUUAAGUUUUUGUAAAGAAGUAUCAAAUAUUCGUGUAUUAUGUUGUGGUGGUGAUGCUAUACUACCGCUUGGUACUGGUAAUGAUCUAGCACGUUGUUUACGUUGGGGACCUGGAUAUGAUAAUGAAAGCCUGAAUAAAAUAAUGAAAAAAGUUGAAACAUCCAGUACAGUAAUGUUGGAUCGUUGGAAAAUCGAUAUCAGUAGUAAUGAAUCAAGUGGUGAAAAAGGUGAUCCAAUACCUAGUAAUAUAUUUAAUAAUUAUUUCAGUAUCGGUGUGGAUGCAUCGAUUGCAUUUAAAUUUCAUUUGGAACGUGAAAAACAUCCAGAAAAAUUCAAUAGCCGUAUGAAGAAUAAAAUGUGGUAUUUUGAAUUUGCAACAUCAGAAACUUUUUUUGCUACUUGCAAAAAUCUUCAUGAAGAUGUAGAAAUAAUGUGUGAUGGUCUUCAAUUGGACUUGAAAAAUGGCCCUUCAUUACAGGGAAUUGCCGUACUUAAUAUACCAUCCAUUUAUGGUGGCUCUAAUCUUUGGGGUGAAAAUGUCAGAAGAAACAAACAACAACAAUCAACGAAAAGAUCAAAGAUAAAAUCCUAUGGUAUUUAUCACCGAAGAUCCAAUUCAAGCAUAUCUGGUUAUGGUGAAAGUUCGGCCAGUAUCAAUAAAGAUUUAGCCAAUGCUGUACAAGAUAUUGGUGAUAGAAUCAUUGAAGUGAUUGGCCUUGAGAAUUGUAUGCAUAUGGGACAAGUAAAAGCUGGUCUUCGUGCUUCUGGUCGUCGUUUAGCACAAUGUAGCAGUGUUGUGAUAAGAACACGAAAACGUUUUCCAAUGCAAAUCGAUGGUGAACCAUGGCUACAGCCUCCUUGUACUAUACAUAUUACACAUAAAAAUCAAAUGCCAAUGUUAAUGGCAGCAUUGCCUGAACCAAAAUCACGUUUUUCAUUAUCAUUUUUUCGAAAUUAUUGUUGUUGUAGUUCAUAUUCUAGGGAUACAAAUGAUGAUGAUGAUUUGGAAAAAUCAACCCAGUGAUAACAAGAAAACAAAAAAUUAAUUAAACCAAAACAACAACAACAACAACAAUAAUAAUUCAUUCGAUCUCUACCAUUACUCUCGCACAAAUUCAAUUUCCUUUUUUCUUUAAAAAAUUUCUUUAUUAUUGUUGCCGAUGUUUUGUAUUGUACAUAAUAAUCUUGGCGAUUAAUUCUACUGUGUGAUAAAUCUUUGAUUUCACAAUUUUUUCUGUUAUUGUUGUUGUUGUUGUUGUUGUUAUUUUUUUUUUUUUU